GUGUGCGAGGGAAGUUGAAGCAGGCAAUAGGCCGGGAGCGUUCUUGAGUCCUAGAGGAUAUAAGAAUUUAGGGGAGAGUUGGUUGCAGAUAACUAAGAAAAGUUAUGUGAGGAUGCAAUUCAAGAAUAGAUGGGAAAAUCUCAAAACUAUGUAUUAUCAAUGGAAACAACUGCAAAUUGACGCAUCUGGACUUGGAUGGAAUGCUAAGCUAGGAACCAUUGAUGCUGAUACUGAUUGGUGGAACACUCACCUAAUAAAAAACCCGGAGCAUGCAAAGUAUAGGAAUGGAGGACCACCCAACUUGGCUGAAAUGGACCUCAUGUUUGAUGACCGUCAUGUCACCGGUGCCGAGUCAGCUAUCCCCGGUGAGAUACCAUUGGACAAGGAGGAUGUUAGUGAUGACACUGAUAGUGCAGAGGAUGAUGAUGAAGUCAUCAAAGCAAAACCAAAGAAGCAGCGAAAGACCAAGUCCUGUAAAGAUGAUUUUUCUGCUCAAGAUGAGAAGAACCCAUUUGUUCGGAUGUACAAGAAGGCUAGUGAUGCGAUAUGUGUAACGGCUGAAAGUAUAAAAGAAGCAUCUAGGUCCAGCAUGGCUCGUCCUCCCCCUCCUCUGGUUGCUCCUCCCCCUACUCCAGUUGGCCCUAGUAUGAAUGAGGCAAUGGAGAUGGUUCGUGAAUGUGGAGUUGAGGAAGGAACUCCUCUCUUUUUCUCUUCGAGCAUGCUAUUUAUGAAGGCUGAGUAUAGAGAAAUGUUUGCAUCGGUUCAGACCAAGGAAGGAAGGUUUGAUUGGCUCGAGAGAGCGCAUGAUUAUGCUAUGUAACUUCUCGUUUAGAAUAAUUGCUUAGUUCUUUGCUUGGAUUAUGCUAUGUUGUUGGUCUGUACCAUUUGCUUAUUUGAAUGCUUGGAUUAUGCUA